AUGGAAUGUUAUCAACAAUAUGUUUGCUUGCUUUUGCAAGUAAUUUUUUUUAUCACAAAUUGUCUCGCGGAAAAUUUAAUACUUAACAUAAAUGUCAAAAAACCGAUUGCAGUAACCGAUCACGCAUUUCUCAGUUUCACUCUGGAUCUGGCAACAUUGCAGUACAAUGACUUUAUCAAAAAUAUCGAGAGAAGCAUGAAUUUAGCGCGAGGUUUGGCACCUGCUUAUAUUCGCCUUGGAGGACCACAAAGCAAUUUUUAUAAUUUUGGACAAGUAUAUUCGCACGAGAUUAAUACGGAUCGAAAUGACAUGCAUUUUGGAACGCAAUGGACACUUAUUUAUCAAUGGGCAAAGAACACCGGAUUAGAUGUAAUCGUGUGCAUUACUCCUUAUUAUAUUGACAACGAAUUUAAAACAGAUUCCACGGAUCCUAGGAACAUAGCAGAGCUUCUCUCUUUUAGCGAUCGCAUGGGUUACAACAUCAGUUGGCAAUUGGGCUAUGAAUGCCAAACGAGAUGCGACUUAUCUGGCGAAAAACUAGGGCGAUAUGUCGCCAACUUCCACAAAAUACUGAAAACUUUCCCAAGAUAUUCCAAUAGUUUAAUCACGGGACCAGACAUUGUAGCAUAUAGAACGGCGUAUCAACAGAAAUACCUUCAGGAUUAUUUACAUUCGGCAAGUGCUGCGCUUUCUGCGAUUACAUGGCAUCCCAAUUUAGACAUCGUUUCUUUAAACAAUAACAGCAUUUCCAUACAUUAUGAUAACAUGAUUGCUGAAAAGGAUAAGUUAUUUAAAGUAAUCAAUAGCGCAGAAAAAAAACCAUUAUGGAUUGGCCGUGAAGUUUUGGAGAUAAAGCUUCAAUCCAAUAAUGAAAAUUACGUGCAUUUUUAUAGUCAUUGCACAAAGCCCUCAGCACUGUACAGCAAAGGAGCUGUUACGAUUUUCGGUAUAAAUUUAACACCGAAGACAGUGACUACUAGUCUAAAAGGGCUUAAAAUAAAAAUUCUUCACAAGUAUAUUUUAUCACCAGAGUUUGAAACUACCAAUAAAAUGUUUUCAGAGAAAGUUUUAUUAAAUAAUAAAUCACUUAAUUUAAUAAAUGACAAAAACUUGCCUAAUAUCUAUCCAGAAAUUAUUAUCAAUCCUGACGGUCUUGAACUAGAACUGCCUUCUGGCGGUAUAGGUUUCUGGAUUAUACCCAGUGCAAAGGUAAAAGCUUGUACUUGCUCUGAAGAGGAAAUAAUCGAGAACAAUGCAGUGAAGAAGUUAUCGAAACGGCAUGAAAAUAGUAUCCAACAAACUAAUCAAGAAGGAGAAGAUAUAAAAAAUUUAAAUCAGUCGAAUUUAAAAAAUGAAAAGGUUUACGAUAAACAAGAUAGCAAAAAACAAGAAAGCUUAAAAAAUAUAAAAAAUGAAAAUCAGCAGAAAGUCUGGAGUUCUAAAUUACUUGAAAAAAUAAAAAAAAUUUUCAAAAAAAAACUACAAAAGACAGAUAAAAACGAAUCCUCGCAAAGAUCAUUCACAAUCAAUUUGGGAAAACAAGAAAAUUCAUCUGAGGAAAUAGAACAACAAAAUUUAGAUAAAAAAAAUUUAAAAAGAACGGAAAUUGAUGACAAGUUCAAAAACAUUCAAGAUUUAUUAAAAAAAUAUAAAAGGAUUCUACUAGAGAAGAAGACCGUAAUGGAAACCAGAAAUAUUCAACAUUUCAAAUUAGAAAUCGAAAAUAUUGAUAAUGUUGUGACAUUAAUAUCAAAGAUUGAUGCUUUUAUCCUUUAUAAAAUUACUUCAAAGGAACCAAUUACGAGCGAAAUUGAAGACAAAAUAGAGAAUGAAAGAAAAGAAGAGUUAGUAAUUAAAAUAAAUAAAAAAUUAAAAGAAUAUUUCAGCGAAUUAGAAAACUCAGUUGAAAUAAAGACAAAUAUAAUAACAAAAAUAAAAAAAUAUUUCAAUAAACUUUAUAAUUUAUUAGAAUACAACGACUCAACAAACGACAAUAAAAAUAAUCCAGUCCAUGGAGAUUUAAUGGAGCAAAAAAAAUUUAGGAGACAUUUGGAUGGAAAAUCGAAAAAUUUUCAAAAAAAUAAUAUACUUAAAAAACGCUCACGAAUAAAUAACUUAAAAGAUUAUGCGAUUAAACAGAAGUUACAGAAGAUAAAACAGAAAAACAGUGAUAAUACUGAUAAUUUAAAAAGGAAUUUUAUUGAUAAUAAAAAUAAAUAUAACAAUCACCUUCAACAAGAUCCUGUUAAAAGAUGUUUCAAAAGUGAUGCUUUUGAAAAUGCUAACCGUCAUAUUGAUAAUCAACAUUUAGUCCAAGAAUAUAAUAAAAUAAAAAACGAUAAUAUCUAUAGAAAACACUCUAAAAUUGGUGAUACGGAAAAAUAUAAAAAUUUAAUACAAAGACCUGAAAGGAUGAAGAGGGACAUGAAAAAAUUGGUUGAGGUAGAUCUGAGAAGAGAUAGUGCAUCGGAGAAACAUUCAAGAGACGAUUUGACAAAUUACGUAAAUGAAAGAAAAAUGAAACUGAAAGAUGAUGUCAGAAGAGAAUUGUUGCGUCCAUUUAAUCCAAGAACUGAUAGCGACGAAAAUAAUUUUUACGGCUUUUUUCGGCGAGAUUCUGUCAAAGGAUUUCCUGAGGGUGACAUUUUUAUGACUGCAGAGGAUUCGAUAGAGCAAAAUGAUGAAGGUUACGAUUAUGUUAAAGAUAAAGACGAUAGUAAUGACGGUUUAAAGAAGAAAAAUACACAACACAGUCAAAAAUCGACAUUAGACCACGCAAAAGAUAAUACUUGGAUUGAAGAAAUUAAAGAUGAUCACUGCGAUUACAUGCCAAAUGCAUUUUUUGAGAAUAUAAAAUUAUCCAAUAUGAAAAUAAAAGAAAACUCCAAAAAUUAUAAUGAUCUAGGAGAAGCAGAAUUUCUUUCUAAAGUACAUAAUAAUAAUAAUAGUGAUAAUGAUAACAAUAUUGCUAUUACAGAAGUUAUUCGAAAACAGCCACUUAAUGAAGAAAACAAAAGGCACAUUGAAGAAACGAGAAUUCAACGAUUAGUUCACCACUACGAUGAUUUAAAAAAACAGGAAUAUAAUCGGGAUGUACUACAAUCAGCUUCAACAUAUCCUUCAACGUCUUUUGAUCAAUUUUUUAAAAUACCAAAUUCCAAUAUUAAUUAUCAAGAAUCAAACGUAGAACUUAAAGGAGCGAAAUUGCAGAUGGAACCAGAAUCGAAAAUUACAAAUUCUUUUUAUCCACCUUCUAAAGUUUCUACUGACAGAUACAAUUAUAACGAUAAUUAUCAAACUUCAAGUAUGCAUUAUGAUAUAUUAAAGGAUAAAAAUGGCUUUGAUAAAAACAUAGACAGUAAUGGUAAUAUUAAUGCAAAAGCAAGUGAAUAUUCUAGACCUAGUAUGUAUGCAGAACGUUCUAUUUAUAAUAAAAUUUUUCAUAAUAAAAGAAAUAAAAGAGGCAAUUGGGAAAAGCUUGGAAAGCUUUUUGUUGAAGAAAUGAUUAAAGAAGAUGAAGAAAAUGCAAGAGAUUGUCAUUGUAGAGUCAUUCGAGAUUCUGAUUCGCCGAAAAAACAUAAUAUUUCAGUUAUACCUAUAGCCAGAGUUAUAGACACUUCUUCAGAAAACAAAAAUGUGAGUGCAAACGUAGCACAAUUUCAGAAAGAUCUUACAGAAGAAGAGUACCAAGAAAUUAUGGCAGGAGAAAUACUUUCAAGUACAGGCGACAUUGACCCUGAUUAUGAAGAAACUGAUACAACUACGAAAUCUGUAAUCACAGAAUUAAAAACAUUGGAUUAUAAACUGAGCGAGACAACAAAACCGAUUGAUGUAACUUCAAUAUUAGGACUAGACAAUGUUUCCAAACAAUAUCAUAAUGAGAAGAAAUCUACUACUAAUCUAUUACCUGUGGACUCAGAUUCAAAACUUUCUUUAAAUAAUAAUAAUAAUAUUAAAUAUAUCACAAAAAAAACGUUUUUUCAUACCCAACUACCAGACGUCCAAUCAGAAAACAAGACAAAAACGUACGAUUCUCUCCAAAUUAUUUCUAAAAUUUCUUCAGAAAAUAAGGAUCCUCGGGAAAAAUUUAUUAUCUCGACUACUAAUAACGCCCAAAAAACAACCUUAUAUAACGAAAAAGUACAAGAACUCAUCAACAAAAAGAAAAAACCCGACAAUUCAAUCUAUCCAACAAUCACCGAAGAUCAGAAAAACAAAAAAGGGCACAACAACGAUUGUAAAAUUGAAUUGAAGUCAACCAAUUCUCUCAAAGAAACAACAAAAGGAAUUGUCGAGCAAGUAACAACUGAAACAAUUUUAUUAAAGCGAGCAGCAAAUACUGCAAUCGAUAACACAAAAUCGAAUGAAUCAAUAACAAAAUCAAAGUUAUUACAAAACACAGAAGACAAUCAGAACAGUGAAUCUGUUUGGACGCAAUUGGGGAAAGAUGCUAACACGAGAAGAUUAAAGAAUAUACUGCAAAAUCUUCCUCGAACAUCGUUAGAAAGACUUACCAGAUACGAAAAAAGUUUGACCAAACGCACAAAACAGAUUGAUAAGCUGAAAGAAAAAUUAUAUGCAAGACGAGAGAAAGUGUUGCAUCAAUAUCAAAAUGAGCUAACAAAAAUUGCUGACAAACAGAAAAGAAAUCUGAAGAGAAGGGAAGCAUGGGAAAGACUUGAUGGCAAUGAUGAUUUUCAUCAAUUGAUCAAUCCAAAGUUUAUUGGGAUUCUGCUAGAUGAUGAUGUUACCUACAAAGAUGACGAUGUUACCUAUGAAGAUGAUAAUGAAACUUGUUUAAUUCUUAUCGAGCUUAUUCCUAAACAAUAUAAGAAUAUUAUAGAUCACAUAAAAAGUAUACAUUUACCUGAAAAAACUAAGAAAGUACAUUAUCCGGAAUAUGACAAAUAUUACCAGGUUCUUCGAAAUUUAAUCGAAUAUGAUGAAGAACUAGUAGAAACGUCUAAAUCGUCGGAAUUCUUCAAUCGUGAAAACAAUCAAGAUUGUCGGUAUUCCUCAAAUACAAUUGAAGAUGAACAAGAAUCAACAGAAACUACCUCUAGGUCUUUUGAUCAAAAAGUCUUCAUAAUUGAUCCUUCGACAUAUUAUGGUGGUGAACCAAUUUUACAGGACAACGUAAAAUUUCCGAAAUACCAAUCAAAAAUUAAAUCUCAAAUUCAAUAUCCAAGAUGGACAUUAAGAAAUAUUCAUGAAGUUCUUACAAAAUUAAAAUCUAGCAAAGCCCAACAUCAAGUUUCUAAAUCACAAGAAUACAUAGAAAAGUUGCCAAUCAAGGAUUAUUAUAAUCAAGAACAUUCUAAUAGUUUACAUGUUCUAGAUAAGCAAAAACAAUAUGAUCUAUCAAAAAAACUCGCAGGACUUGCACAAGUCUGGUUGAUUUCUCUUAAUCAGAAGGAUGUCAAUCAAGCUAGCAAUAAAGAAGUAGAUAAAUUAAACGAUAUGCAUAAAAAUGUUAAAGCAGAUAAAGAUAAUUUGAAUUCGACGUUUGCAAUAACUAAAACAAAAUUUAUAAGAAGUUUUGGAACUGAAAGAAACAUAGAAAAUAAGGAAUUUGACAGUUCCAAUAAUAGAAAAAAAAACAUAAUAAAUUCAGAAAUAAAUAAAGAUGCUGAAGAUGUUGUAAAAACUAAAAAACAUGAGAACAUUGAAAUGAUAAAGCAUGAAAAAAUUAAUAAAUCUUACUCUAAUUCAAAUGAUAAAGCGGAAAAUUUAAAUAUUACAAUAUUUAGCAAUAAUAAAACAGUUGAACAUGUCAUUGAGAAUAAUCCUAAAGAAAAAGAACUUGGAAAAAAAAAUUCACGGUUUCGGAGAGAUCUUGGAAAACAAACAUGUACAUGUACAAACCGAUUAGCACCUUCUCUUCAGUUAACUGAAAAUACGACACAAAAUUUAACCAAUAUGCAAGUUUGUUUGAAGGAAGAUAUCAUAAAGAAGAUAUUUGACAUACAAUCAAUGAAAGUUUAUCUGCUGAGAAAAAAUGGUAGAUCAUCAAAUGCUGAUAUGAAGAAUAAUGAUGAUUUGAUGGAACAUUUUGAGAUUCUACAAUGGGACGAUCAAUAUGUAUUAGAGGCAAUUCUAAAUUCGAUGACCAAAUAUUUAAAUGACAAAACGUCAGAGGAAUUUGAAUAUGAAGAUCCUUCAAAUCUGCAAAGUGAGAACAGUAAAAUUUUUUUAGACGAAGAGAAUUAUAUAAACGAAAAUAAGCAAGAUGUUAUUGCAAAAGACAGUGAAAUCGAAUCAGAAAAAGAUGAGCAAUAUAAAAUCACGAACGAUGAAAUCAAUAAAUUUUUAAAAAUAAAGAACCAAAUAGGAUCUAAACUUGGAAUGUUUUUAUUGCUGCCUUGGAGAAAUGUAAAAAUAAGACAACAAAGGCAAAUUAAAAGUGAGGUCAAUGAAGAUCUAGCUGAAAUAAAACGCGAGGUUACAAGACAAUCACAACCAUACAAAUCUAUUCUAGCUGAAGAUCACGAAAACAAACGUACUAAGAGAUAUUAUUUAAAUAACAAUAUUGAUAAAGAAGAAGAAGAAAUUAUGAUAGAGACGAAAAGA